GAUAUCGGGCAUGUUUGGUUGCUUACAUUAGUUUCGCAUGGCGAGCCAUCCAUGCUGCCUCUGGCCUAGAUAGCAGCGGCGUGGUAAUGGAGCCUAGGAGCAUGGAGUACUUCGCCGCGCUGGCCGCCGGCAGCCAGGCGUGCCUCCUCCUCGUCGCCUCGGCCGACGCGUCCCCAGCCACGGCCGUCGCGCUCGCCGUCGCCGCCGCGCGGGCGGGCGGCCGUGUGGCCUGCGUCCGCGACGACGCGCGGAACCUCGACGCGUCAGGCACCACAUCCACCACCAUGACAGCUUGGAGCGCUACGGCGGCGUGCUCAGCGCCGAUCCAGCGACGGGCGGCGGCGUGCGGCGCGGAUCCGGCCACGGGCGGCGUCGUGCCCACGGAUCCGGUGACGAGCGACGGUGUGCGGCGCGGAUCCAGUGACGGGCGGCGCGGCGGCAGCGGAUCCAGCGAAGACGACAUUGGAGACAACGGGGCGACGACGGCCGCGACGACUGAGGAGCCACGGCCGCGAUGAGACGACUGAGGAGCGACGGCCGUGACGACGAUGAGGCGACGACGGCCAAGGAGCGACGCCCCGACGACGACCGCCUGCACGAGAAAUUGGGCGUUCCUCAGCCUGGCUGUGAGCCCAUAUUUGCACCCGCGGGUGCAGGCUCUUAUUUGCAUUUAUUUGCAUGCAGACAACCAAACAUACAUGUCUGCUCCACUGGUAUGAGCUAAGUUCCAUGCAGGCAACCAAACACUUCCGAAGAGGAUGUCAUAUAUAGAUGAAACUAGUGUAGAUAAUCAUCGGAUGACCAA